UAUACCUCCCUUAGUCUCUCUCCCGCGUGUAUAUAUAUUCAUUAGCAGCCCCAGAUCGGGGCUCAGAGUACGCACGGACGUGGCAUUUGAAUCACACGAGUUGACUGGUGACUGACGAACGACCAAUCGUCAACAAAAUGAAACUCGUGAUCGGUUUGGCGUUGGUUUCGCUAGCCUUCGGGUCGACUUUCUUCCCAACCGAAAAAGAUGAAGUGGAUUUAGUCUCGACGAGUCAAAACGAUCAGGCGUCAGGUCGCAUCGCCGUCCCGCCACCUAAUAACCUCCGUAAGAUCUUCUCAGACGUGUCUACUUAUUUCAUCCGCAAUAUAAUCACGUCUUUAUUGGCUUCAGCUCCGAUUCGAAACGGCGGCAUCGUCAACGCCGCACCGAUUCUCAAUCCUGUUGCAUCGCCUAUCGUCAACACGGGGACUGCGGGAGCACUUGUGGGCGGCGGGGCUUCACAGGUGUUUUUCUCGCCUGUCCGCAUCAAUAUUGAUCAGGCGUCGCAACUGUACGUGCCACCCGGAACAGAUGGGCGCAUUAUAGUGCUGCUCAAAAACGACGGCGUAGGCGAUUUCUUUCUCCUCAGCGGAGGCGACGACAAAAACUUUUUCAUCCAAUUCGACUACGCUCAGAUACAAUUGGGUCCGGGACAAACGCUAGCUGUUCCAGGAAGGAUUCGAGUUCCCCAUUAUGCAAAUAACGUUGUAUCUACACUGACGAUCAUCGUGCAGCGGCGGACUGACAAUGCUAUCUCGCGGAGACAGGUUUAUAUUCGCACGAAAUCAGAGCCAGGAGAAAAAUGGGCUCCUUGGUGCACAAUCAGAACAGUGACUCGCUGCGACAGUUAUCUGGAUGAAUCAAUUUGCGCAAGUCGAUAUUGGAACAUGAGAGCAGAGAUUCAAGAUACAGAAGCGGGGUUACUGUCCGUCAGCAUCAAACCUGAUGGGCGUUUUCUAGGGGAGGAUUUCAUAAUUGGCACUAACGAAUCGAUUGCUGUAGAGCAAAGUGUUUCUUGCUGCACAACUGGAGUUGAUAUUACGGCAGUUGACGUUCGCGGAAAUACAGCCACCUGUCGAGCCGAUCAAUAUUCCAUUUAUCUUAGCUCUGGAGAUGUAGCUGCCAUCACUCUUGGAGUUAUACUACUAAUCCUGCUUCUAGUUAUCAUUAUCCUGGCCAUUUGUAGGUGCUGUAGACGGAGAAAGGAAAGAUCAAUAAAAACGGCACCAAUUCCGAGGAGUAAAAAGGAUCAAGCGUGACUAGCACGGUUCAGUCCCAAAAGGUCAAAGCCCAAAGAUCUUUCAAUUACUGUUACAACAGUUGGUGACAACUAGUAAAGGUGAUUCAAAAGAUGGGGCUGAUUCGGAUAACCACACUAUGCAAAUAGAAAGUAGGGACUGAACCAAACACAGGUGGUGGCUCACUUAAUGUCUUAAGAUAUUGCAUUAGGAUUUAGAAAAAAGGACAAACAUUUUUAUGACAAUGUUCACAGAGAAAGAGAUAUCCAUGUUAAAUUCAAACCAAUGCAUCUGUUUAUAACAGAGCCAUAAAUUUUCCUUAUUUUAUUGAAUAGUUUGUCUGCAUGUAUCACAUAACUACUAGCAGCUAGUGUUUUCUAUUAUAUUUCCUGUUCCCUGUUCAUUCAUUUGAUUUUUUUCAUAUAAAACAAGGCUAGUUUGUGCGUAGUAAUCCCAUUUCAAUGUUGAAUGAUUUAAAGUAAUGCUUAAAUAACUAUUUUUGUUUCUGAGGUGAUAUAUUUAUCCCUCUCUGUUGAGUAUAGUUAGUCGACUGGAAAUUUUUCCUCAUAACGGUUAUUUUCUACGACUUUUACGUGGAACAUUUAUAACAAUGAAUCUAUAAAAUUUAACUUACUUGUGCUUUCCAUCAUUUUCGUUGGGUAAGAGUUUUGUACUGUUUUCUUUCACGAAAUGAGUCACUAUUUGACUCACGAGAGUCAAAGAAUAUAUAGACUUUUACCCCCGUUGUCCGGCUGUCCUACAAUUUUUUAUUUCCUUCUGCUCUAUAUUUUGUUUACGAAAUGAGAAGACGAUGCCAGACUUUGAAUAAAGAUGUUUUUAUCUGUU